CAGCGACUGCCCGCCACGCCUUCCGAUGUCCUUCGUGAAGAGAAAUACCGUACUAUCAACAAGGCCUGGGCGACCAAUUCCCCAGGUGGUGCCGGCGUCAGAAAAGAAGCAGCCUGCACCGGGGAUCCGACCGUCGCCUCUGGACGGCAGGCCCACUACGUCGACCGGGACGUCAUCGCUCGACCAGCUCCUCGCGGGGCACGGCGGAUUACCCCUAGGGACGUGUCUGUUAAUCGAAGAACAGGGCACCACCGAUUUUUCAGGGAUACUUCUCCGAUACUAUGCCGCCCAGGGACUCGUCCAAGGCCACCAUGUCCAUCUGGUGGGCUACCCUCCGGAAUGGCGACAUCAGCUGCCUGGUGUUGCGGCGCCAGGUAGCAAAGUCUGGCCAGCGCAAUCAGCGCCCGCUCCUGAAGAGAAGAUGAAGAUAGCUUGGAGAUAUGAGGCAUUGGGAAACACAGCCACUGCGGGAACCUCCGAGAAAGGGACCGCCGGCCAGGGGACUUUCUGCAACUCAUUCGAUCUCUCCAAGCGCCUCUCGCCAAGUGCAUGUAAGGGCUCGCUCCACCCAACGCCCAGCACCUGUCCGCCGAUGUUCGAUCAGCCCAGCCCUCUCCCCAGCUCGCCCUUCAGGACAAUCAUCAAACACCUUCAGGCCAAAUUAUCAUUAUCACCCUCAACAGACAUCCACCGCAUAGUCGUCCCAAGCAUCCUCCUGCCAUCCCUCUACUCCCCACAGUGCGCCCAGCCCUCCGAGGUCCUCCAAUUCCUCCACGGCAUGCGCGCCCUCCUCCGCCAGUACCCGAACCAGCUCACAGCAAUAAUCACCCUCCCGACCACCCUCUAUCCCCGCAGCUCCGGUCUCGUCAGGUGGAUGGAGCUUCUCUGCGACGGCGUCAUCGAGCUGAUCCCCUUGCCCGCCAACCCGGGCGCCCCGCCUCCUCCAUCUUCCUCCUCGAGGUCGGGCGCCGCGUCGGGUCCCGACAAGAACGACCAGGCACCGCAGGGCUUGCUGCAGGUUCACACGCUACCCGUGUACCACGAAAAAGGCGGCGGCGGGGCCGGGGCCGGCUCCUUCCGGGAGACGCUGUCGUUCAGUCUGAGUGCCUCGAGGGGGCUGGUGAUCAAACCCUAUAGCUUGCCGCCGCUGGAGGAGGAGGAAAAAAAGGAAAAGGCUGAGGGGAGUAAGGGGAAGAAGGAAGGGAUUGAAUUCUGACAGGGGCGGCAGCGGUGGGAUUUUGAAAGAGGCUUAUCAGGAAUGUCCUGCCUGGCGAGGGGUGCGCGCUAGAUUAAUCCAACUGCUGGAGCUCAAUAUGAUGCAAGCCCUGUCCGAAAUAGUAAAAGGGAUCUCGUCCUAUGUCUCCAUAAACAAAUGGACUUCAUGAAAUGGUUGGCUUGAAGCUGAGUUGAAGUGUACAGUACAUGCAUCUCGAGCGG